AUGUGUGCCCCAACCGGGCCACGUGGUAGGUACGCGGGACCAAAACGGGGGUCGCAUCGGAUUCUGGCAGGCGUUAUCGGAUUUGUAUACGAUAACGAACGCCAACAUUUCGGGGUGCCGUGGCAGACCCGGUUGCAGGCAGACGUUGCCCAUCCUGGGGCCCCUGCAGCUCCCCAUUGUUGUCGUUGGUCAAAGGCCUGGUCAUUUGCUGUGUGGACCAGGAGGUGUGGAGUGCGGCGCCAAGGUGCGGGCUCGACGGUACCAUCCACUGCGGCCUCCCCCGCCUCCGGUCAUUUUGAUUCUGUCUUGAUACCGGGUCCAGGUGAGGGAGGAGAGAGUACGGUGGAUGUUUUGCAAGUCUUCUAUCACUAGAAACUAAAUCACGCACAAGUAACCAUUAAUGCUUUCACCCUGUUGUGGAGCAUACGGCGGACAUCGUCGGAAUCAAAGGUGUAAGGAUGUAUGUAUUUGAAGUGUUAAGGGCAGAGCCAUUGAUGACCCUAUUUAUGUACAAUACUUUCGCACCCUACGUACGUAAGGAGUGAGAUCACUCAUGGCAGUGUGCUUGACCGCUCUUAUUUUGCCUUUUGACAAUAGUGUGCCAGAUUUAUACCACAAUAAUAGACCCUUUGUGUAUGCUGGUGAUUCGAAAGUUGCAUAUCAGUAUAGCCUGGCAGAUCGCGACACGUGCUGGAACUCUUUAGGAACGAACUUCGGGAUUUUGUCCAACGGUGUUUCGUAUAGCGCCUUUCCCCUUCUUGGUACAAAUACUCAUUUAUGCUGGAUGUCCACUAUCAUGGGCCUAAACUAAGCAUUGAAAGAUACGACACAAAUGUACUUAGGGUCGCAGAGGAUAUGGGUGCAUCGUACUUCAAACAUCUCAGUCGUCUAGAGCAAUGCGAUACGAUUGUUUCCAAGGCACACAGAACGAUCAAGUUUAUCCUCCGAAGUUUAAACAAAAUAUAUAAGAACCCGACUUCAGAAAAUGUACGCUAGGCCUGUUCUAGAAUACUGCUCGUUUUUAUUUAACCUCCUGCGCGAUGCUGGAUCCGCUUUUUUCUCGUUUUAACCCUCGUAAGAAAAUUAUUAAUGUUGGGGAUGAGGUUUUCCUACCUUUACCCUUUCGUCGCAGAUUGCACAGGCUUUAUCGUCGUUUCCAUCUACAGAACGAUGUUUCUGUUCUGCCCUUGAUUUGUGAUAUUUUUGAUCGAGCUAAGAGAUUGUCUGAAGAAAAACAGCUAGCCGAAGAGGUCCACUUUACCGAAAACCAUUCGUUAAGUGUCUCGAAACUUUUCUCUAGGAAAAUACGAACUCAGAGAAAGACGCAGUAUCCCAUCCUUCGAGACGAUCUCGGAAAUCCCAUUGUUGAUGCCCAGUUAACCGCGGAUAGCUUCAAUGAUUUCCUGUCCAAAACGUUUAUUGAAGACUCGACCACUCCGCUUCCGACCAUCCAGUCAUUGACCGGGGCAGUUCUAGAAACUAUAACUUUCACUCUGUGGGAUGUGACUGUUGCGAUUCGGCGUUUUCGUCAAUCUUAUAGUCCAGGCCCUGAUGGUGUCCCAGUAAGCAUUUUAAAAGCCGAUGCAAACACGAUCUUCCCAUCCCUCUUAUGCAAGAUAUUUAAUCUUGCUCUUGAAAGUGAAACUUAUCCUACCUUGUGGAAGGAAUCACACAUUUUGCCCAUUCCUAAGCACGGCAAAUCUACAUCAUUUGAUGACUUUCGGCCAAUAAACACCCUCCCCGCAGUUUCGAAGAUCUUAGAGACAUUUCGCAUCAUCAACGGCCUAGACUGUGGUUUAGAUCCCACUGAUUAUUUCACCCAAGCUAACACGCCCAAUUUGCGCGGCCAUCCCCUAAAACUACGCGCAGGGAAAUCAAGAACCAAUGGACGAAAGUCCUUUUUCAGUAACAGAGUGGUUGCAGCCUGGAAUUCCCUACCUACCGAUGUUGUAACCUCCUCCUGUGUGAACUCCUUCAAGUGUAAACUUGACCUGCAGGCAUCAAGCUUCCCAAUUACCACCCCCACAUCCACUCACACAGCCGGUACAUCUUAUAGGUGUUUAUACUACUUGUAAUUAGUAAGUAACCAUUAAUGAUUACUCUUUUUCGGCUAGCUGCCAGCUGCCCGCGAGUAUGUACAAAAUCCAUUUUUCACCUUCCCAUUUAUCAAUGUUUUUCUCCGACGACUUGUAACCAAGAGGGAAUUCAAAGGCGCUUGCCUAUAUUUCCCUUAAUAAACUGAUACUGAUACUGAUACUGUCAGUUAACAGCGAAUAACUUACUGAGAGCUGCUCAGCAUGGAUUCCUCAAAGCUCGAUCUUGUGACACCUGUCAACUCUCUUUCUUUGACUAUGUUCUCCAAUCUAGGGACCAUGGUUUUGCUCUUUACACAGUAUAUUUCGAUUUCACUAAGGCUUUUGACCGUGUUGACCAUGCUCUUCUCCUCUUGAAAUUGUCCUCUUUUGGAAUAGGUGGCAAACUUUUGAAUUUUAUAUCCUCUUACCUGGGCACUCGUACACAACGAGUUAAGAUUUCCAAUACUAUCUCCAACCCCACACGUGUGAGGAGUGGAGUCAUUCAGGGUAGUGUACUCGGCCGGCUUUUAUUUUGCCUUUUCGUUAAUGAUGUACCCCAUUUAUUUUAGAAUGGUAAGCCUUUCAUGUAUGCCGAUGAUCUUAAAGUUGCAUAUCGAUAUAAGCCGGCAGAUCAUGACAUCGUGCUUGAGCUCCUAAAGAGCGACCUACAGGCUUUCGCCCAGUGGUGCCGCACAUGGCGCCUUUCUCUUUCUUGGCAUAAGUUCUCAGUCAUGGUGGUUGGCGACGACCACCAACCUCAACUAAAUAUUGAAUGUCACUCCAUAAAUGUGCCCAGGGUUAUAAAGGAUCUGGGUGUAUCAUACUCCAAAAGUCUCAAUCUUUCGGAGCACUGUGCCUUGAUAGUCUCCAAAGCACGUAGAACGACCGGGUUUAUCCUCCGAAAUAUCCUCCUUAUAUAAUCACACAUUUAACCCACUCACCUCUUUAAGACAUCAUAUCCACCCACGACGUAAAAGUCACCGUGAGGUCUUCUUAUUUCUGCCUCUGGCACGUACUGUUAAAUAUCGGCGGUUCUUUUCUGUAAAUGCAAUUGCUAUUUGGAAUAAACUACCCAUGAGUGUGAAAACUCUGCAAAAUUAUCCUUUAUUUAAGAGAUUUUUGCAUUCAGAAAAGCUCCCACAAAUUUUGGGUGCUGAAUCUACUGAUCGACUGUACCGUAGCGAUGGCGUUUGUGGUCUCUGAACACUAUGGCCGGUCUCACCAGCUGUUCCUCAACGCCUCUACUUUGACUAUCCCCAACUUCAUGAAAGGAAUUUGACGUCCGAUAAUCUCCGAUACCGUGCAACCUCCCCCCUUCUUGACGGUCGAUAUUCUACCACCGCCGGCAGUUUUUUCUCCUGAGCCCUCCAAACCACAAAACCACCAUCAACUUUAUUUUUAUCCCUUUAGCUCAGGAGUUUUUUUCACUGCUGGUCGGAUUUGUGUUUAAUCGCUUCCCUUGACAAUGCCUGUUAACUGGCAUUAAAUAAAAAUUUAUUUAUUUAUUUAUGAGGGAGGUGAACAGAGUCUCUGGAACUGGACGAUGAUGGUAGGGUCGAUGUAACCUAUACGGACUUCAAGAAGGCGCUCGACAGUGUCCCACACAUACGCCUACCCAACAACUGUUUGAAAUUGGAAUAAGAGAAAGGCUGCUGACAUGGAUCGCAGGUUUUCUUACAUGACGACCACAAACUGAUUGUGUUGAUGCUCGAAGUCAACUCCUACUCCCCAAUUAUGAAGACCACUUGCACACCAACCUGUAAAAUGCAAGAAUCCUACGUUGCUGAUAAUUUUUCCAAUCCCAUUGCUAGCCUGACAGCCCAAUUAAUUAAGGCUUUUCCUAUUUUCAGCUGUUUCUCAGUUUAUUCGGUUUAUUUGGUAAGGAUAAUAGACAAAACCUUUGAAAACCCUAUUGAUUACAUGUCAGCUCGUUAUAAAUAUCUGUACACGAACAAUGAAAAUAUUCGCUAUAAAAACAGUACUUGAUUAAUUCAAGCAGCAUUGUCUUAGAGAAAAAAAUUUGCGGGGUCAUGUGGUAUUUAGUUCAGAUUCAGACUGCCGAAGGAAAACAGGGGACACAAAUAAUCAUCCAAACGUUUCUGGAAGAGUUGCAGAGACGUCGCCUCCACGACUCACUGACAGAGAUCAUUCCAUUUCUCCGCUACCCUCUGCGUGAAAAAUUCAGAAGGAAGAUUCAGUCUGGAUAUUGUUUUCCUUAACUUCAUCGAGUGACCACGAAAAUGGGGUGAAAUUCUAUCAUUUGUUUUGACAAGGCUGGCGCGAGUCACUGGUCUAGUGGUAAUGGCGGUUUUCUGGUCGAUUGACUGCCUGGGUUCGACUCCUGCCUGGGCAGCUUUUUUACAUCGUGUUUUGAGGGUAUUUCUCUAAAUAAAAUCACUGAGUUUACAAGUUAUAAGGGUUUUCUUAAAGGUGUGAGACGAAUUUUCAACCAGCUCAAAGAUAUGAAGUAAACGACUCAGCCUUUCACCGGUUUUGGAGAUUUCUCAGUGCUGUUGAAGAGAGGCGACUGGACGAAGAUAGGUUAUCCCGUACAAGUCCUGGUGUAGGUUUCCAAGGAUGUAUCUGUCACAAAGACGAAUCGAAUUUUUAAUGCAUACGAGCCGUGAGGACGUCCAGUGGAUAGAAAUCCCGAUAAAAGUGAAACACUUCGAGGUCGAAAAGUUCAAAUCAAAUUCGAAACACGCGUACGAACAGGAAGGAGAUAUGGACAAUUACGUCAACUAUCUAACAUAAACUAGCCCUCAUAUUAUGUAAAAAUUCACAAAAUCCUACUUUUAUGCCUCAUAUUUUUCCAAUCCUAAAAAUAGCAUUCCUCUUCCUGGGUCCUGCUCUAAUUUGUUCCGUACCAUGUUGCCUCUUUAGUAAGUGGUAAUAUCCCCAAAAAUUUUAAACCAUAACAACUUUGUUUUCCACCUGUUGCUUUUUCUCAACAGCUUAGUUUUCCACCACGAGCCCUCCCUUUUUUAUAAUUAGCAAUGAGUGAAACCUACAUAUUAGGAAUACGCUCAGUAUUGGUGAUUACCUUCUUUACAUCAGAGUUGCACUCGAACUUUCUAUCUUCCUGAAAUUAAAUUAAUACAUUACCGAAUGUCUGUUCUUCCCAUUCUCGAGCAUUGCUGUUCAUUCUUUUGUUUGAUGAACGAGAAUAUUCGUUCAAAAAUUGAAAAUGUUCAAAGACAUUUGACUUGAAGACUCUGAGGUACGGAGCAUCAGAAUAUUUCUUACUCCGAUAGAUGCCAGAUAACAAACCUUAAAUUUUUACGGGUUAGAAGACAUUAAUAAUAGUUCAAAUCUUCCUCGAAUUUCAGCCCUUACACAUAAUAGUCGCCUAUACAAUCUUCACAACUCUUCCCUGAUUGUACCUCCUCCCGUUUGCUCCACCUCUAAGCGUUCUCUUUUUUCGCUUCCCGAUAUCUUUUCCUUUAGGAUAACCUUCCAGUAAAUUUAAGAUCAUCAGAUAAUCUACACACUUUUAGGAGGAGGCUUCACCUUUAUUUGAAUACUGACUAAAUUAAACUUUUAUUUUCCUCAUCCUUCCGGACAACAUCCUCUAUGACACCGAGAAAGGGCCAUUGGGAAUUUGGGACGAUACCUCCAAAUUACGAAUCCGCUUAUAUUUGUCCCUUUUUGUAUGACUUCGCUUUCUAGUGUCUCUCAUCAGAAAUUUUCAUUUUUUUCGAUUUUUCAGUACAUGCAUUGUGUCCUUUUCAGGGCGCGAUGUCCUCUCUGGCAAAUCCUCUCAAAGAUUUGGCCGAGUCAGGCUGAUGUGCACGCUCUAAGCCGCCUCACUUUGGGUGAUCGACGACAUUCAUCGGAAUUCCACUCUGGCCCCGGUGAUUUAAAACCCUCGCCCCACGAUCUUGAUGUCAACUCCUCAUAUUGACCCCGAGUGGUCUAUUGACGAUCACGGCGUGAAUCCUCUAUUUUCGCCCCUUGCUAGUUGUUUGGUCGUGUAGUAAAGAGGGUCCUGGGCCGCAUCUUCCACUCUACGCUUUCACCACCGUCCUAGUGUUUAAUUUUCCAUCCUCGGCUAAACUCUAAGCGGACUGUGUGCGAUCGCGUCUAGGUUCCUAUGUCUUGCCACUUCGAGGCGGAUAAGCUCAUUCGGUUUGGGAAGGUCUGCCUUGACUAUUCACGUUUUGAAUACCCUUAAAAUACCUUAUGCAGGUCAGUCCCGUUAAACCGGCACAUUUUCUAUUUCAUGAGCGGCAGUUUUUUUCUCUUUAAAAGUUAGCCAAUUCAUACAAAUGUAGAUUUUUUCAUAAGGCACCUUUUUCACUGCUCGCUGACCGCUUUUGUUUGUAACUGUUUAUUCUACAACCUAUAAGUUAAUAGUAUAUAGAGUCUGUCUGAUUACUUUAAAAUUUACUUGAAAAUUUCUAUUUACUUGCUAUGAUGGGAUCCCUAAGACUCUUUCGAUAAAACUAACCAUUUACUUAUCCAUUUAUUUAUAAGCAGUAGGUGAGAUAAGCGAAGGGUGGAGUAAGAGGUAGUGCAGAGUCACGGGUGAGCACCUCACAGGACAACAGGACCUAGUGGCGCCGUUCUCGCUUGCUUACGCAGCAUAACAAAAUCAGUCAGCCAGUCAGGACGAAGGUACUGCUCUGCAAGUGCGCGAAAUGCCCAUAUUUCAAGGGGAUUCGAUGUGAGUAUAGCGACCCGAUAUCGACUGCUUAUGGAGCGUAGACAAUGAGAUAAUGGAUAACGCAUUUCCGGAAGAGCAAGACACUAUCCAAAUGGUGAAAUUCAACAAAACCCGAAAGGAAAUUAAAACUAACAACUACAACAAUAGGAUGUGGAUUUACAAUUCCCUUUUUUUUUCAAAAGAUUGGCAUGGAAUUUAUCUUUGCCAUUUCCAAAUGUCUUUUACUGGUGCCUGAUGCAAAACCAGACCGAAUUCGUUUUGAUUUUAUGCAAUAGUAUGGGUGGUUUUAUUUCUAAACGCCUAGAGGGCACUGCCAAAUGUUUAUCCAGCUGUAGUUCGCAGAUCUUGACAAACGGCAAGACUAGUAAUCCAAAUCUCAUGUGCAUCUUUGUACGUAUAGACAAAUUUAAGAAAAAUUUUAAUUUUUCCAGUGUUUAUCUAUACGUCCAAGCUUUUGUGACCUGCUUACAUGGUCUAGUACAUUUUUAAAGUUUUCAUAGUUCUAUGAGGACUUACGACUAGAACUACGUUCUCACUGCCUCUCUCAAUAUUAAACCCCAAUAGAGAAGGUAUUUUUGUUACUAAUAAUACUACUAUUAUUACUUCUACUAACACCGGCCCUUUUUCUGCCGUAGAAGCAUCCGGUCCCCUCCACAUCCUACUGCAUCACAACCCCUCGUACUUCAAUAUUUACCCUAAGUGCGACAGAACCUUAAAUGUGGAUUGUGACCCGCGAACGAAUUUGAAAAAUGUGUUUGCUUCUUGUUGAAAGUAAACGUUUAAAUGUACGUUCGCCAUUCCAGAACCCUAUCAAAGACGUUUGCAAGAACAAUUCAUACUGACUUCGCAAGCGACGGUUGGUUCUAGGUUGUCGCACCGAUUUGUGCGUGUUCUGGCUGUUAUCUUCAGGUGUUCGCCAAUAAGGGUACUACUAUUCAAUACCGUUGUUUCUGUCUGCUUAGGGUUCUUUAUGCCUGAGCAACAGUCGACACUUGCUGUUGAAAACCCUCUUGCUGAUACAGAAAUUUUGUGCCCUAUUUUCUAUUCACGAUGCGGGCUCCACCUAUCUCAUGAGCCUAGGCAACGUCCUUAAACCUUGUCAUGCCACCUGCCACGAUUUUUUCAUGGUCCUUUUGGUGGUCAGACACACCUCUUACUUACAUUUUCGUUUUCAACCUUUGUUUACCUGUUGAUUUUUUUCGGACAAUCCGACAAACCACGCAUUUUGUAACAUUGGUCUUGGCCAUCCCACUCAUCUAUCUACAUAAUUCCAAUUUAUACAAGACCCCCGAAAUACUCCAGAAAUCUUUCUAGACUAGAGUUCCACGUAUAACUGUAACAGCUGUGCUAGUAGAGUGUGACUAUGCCAACUCGAUAAACGUUUAUCGAGUUGGCAUAGUCACUGUACAGUGACCCAUCCGCCGAAUUUGCCUGAAAAUCGCGUUUGCGUCGCGUUGCUUUUUAAAAACCACUUCUUCAAGUAACCAAAAGCGUGAUUGCUAAGCAACUUUCCAAUUUUACCGUAAGUUUUAUUUAAGUUCCUGCAUUCUUCUGUCUUCUUACAGAUGCUACUCCUGCUCAUAGUCACCUUCCUGCAACAGCUAAGGGCUUCUGACUGCACCUCCAUUGAGGGGGUCAUUGUGCCGCCGCUGAAUGCAUCUCCUGACUGGGUAAUCCAUACCAGGGUCCGGGUGGAUGGUCAGAAGUACAUUGGAUUUGUCAAAUCAGAUGGCAGCUUCAUUGUUUCCGACGUGCCGUCUGGGUCCUAUCUUGUGGAAAUAACAAACCCCGUCUAUCUUUUCCAAGUAGGCCAUCCUCUUUGCUCACAGCCUAUUUUUUAUCGUAUGUUUGCCAACCAGUUACCAUAUCGGAUUCUUUCGUUGGCCAUGUUGUUUCUCCAUCAUUUUCUUUCACCAGCCCGUGCGCGUGGACAUAAAUUCCAAGGGCAAGAUCAGGGCGCGCAAAGCCAAUCUUUUGCAGACAAAUGCUGUCAAAUCAGUGCCCUAUCCUCUGCGUAUCACAUCUGUUGGGAAAGCUGCAUUCUUCCAAGUACGUCUUUGAUGCCUUACGAGUAGUGUAAGUAGGUAUAAUAAUGUAGUGGUAAUAUUUGAUCAGUUCCUGCUUCAUUAGCCCUAACAUCUAUUUGGCUUACUGCCUUCAGUUACAUUCGACUGGUCCUGCUAAACCCUAUGUCCAGUUGGCCUGUGUGCGUCAGAUGGAGUAGGGACUUGAACUAGCACAGUUUUGACUGGGCGUAUGACCGCCUACUUUAAUCUGAACGCUGUGAAAUCCUGUUCAUAUUGAUAUCCGAUUUUACAUUCAGGGCUACAGAAACAGGCAGUUUAGUUGUAAACAUCUAUUUUUAGGUGGUUUCUGCUGACUAGACUUUGCUGCAAGUCUGAACUUCUUUGCAGCUGCAUUACUCGGUCUACUAUCGUCAGGCCUUACUUCACCGGCUCUAAAUCAUGCGGAAGGGGCACUUUUAGCUGCGAUAUUAUCCUUUCGGGAGAGUAGGAUUUGCCGUUUCUUUAUGGCAUGGGAUCUUGAUGCCGUUCGAAGUUUCAGCAAUACAAAAGUUUCUCCUUAAUGCCUUUCAUCUACCCAUUGCUUUCAUCUCCACCCUUCCUUAGCCUCGGGAGCAGUUGCGUACUUUGGAUUUGCUUCUCAACCCCACUGUUCUCCUGAUGGUGUUGCCGCUGCUUCUUAUUAUGCUGUCGCCUAAAAUGAUGGACAUGAAUGACCCUGAGUUCAAGGAGAUGCAGCAGAUGAACAUCCUCAACAAGCAGAACAAUAUGCCAGAACUGAGUGAUGUGAGUGGUUCACAAUGCUUUCAGUAAUGAUACCAAACUAAUCGUAACUGCGCAUGGAUUGGCAUGGGUGGUAUCGGCGAGCUUAAGUAUUUGCGGGCCCAGCAAAUUGACGAAAACCUAAAGUGUCAUGGUUUCGGUUUUUCGAGCCUGUUUUUGUUUCUGAUUUAAGCUUGCUUACACUCACCUUUCUCGUCUCAGUCUUGCUUACCAAAACUGCAGUCACUCAUGAUCUGUCAGGCCUUGGUAAUAUCCGAAACGCGCGGCAUCCCAUCUACUGCCAGAAAGAAUUACAGGCCCCCAUUCGAAACAGGCUCCGUUUGCCCUACACGAGACAUUCGUUCCAGGUGAUGGCGACUGAAAUAGCCCGGAUCACACCCCUGUAUCCACUAUCACAGGUCAGAAUUCAUCGUCGCAACGACUUAGAAACAAGGGCGGACAAAUGGGUACACUUGAUCAGAGGGUUCCUACAAGCGGCAUUAUUCCAAGUGAAGAUGUUCUCUCCCCACUGUUUGUUUAGGCGUAGCUUAACCCUGCGAUAUUUCCAAAGCUUCUACAUCAAACUGACAACCUUUGUCAUGACGACCUCGCUGCCUUGAUGGAGGGAUUUUGCUCAGUAAUUGAUGGCUAAAGCAACUGACUUAACGGCUUCGUCCUACUCAUAUGGUCUUGCUGAUCAGUAUAUGCCAACGCUUAAUCGAAAGUUGGUGCAUCCUCAAAGAGAAUGUCUGUUUUGGUUGUGGUGCGCAACGCAGCCACCCACCUGCACACGUCGGACGUUAGGUAGCCUGCCAUCAGUUGGCCGGCUGAUGUCGGCGUUAGUCCGCUCUUCGCUGUCCAUCUGCUUGAAGGAGAAUAUGCAACUCAGUAGGGUGGUACACGUAUAUGCCUUUGAUUCAUCACACGUUUUACCGCGAGUUCUUCCAAAGCUGACCCAUUUUUCGUUACGCGCGCCAUCAUACCUGUGUGUAGUUGUCUGUUCAUCUGCGUCCAACGUUCAGCACAUCCAGUCUUGACCGGAGGUCUCAAUGUAAGGCUCAUUCUAGUUGCUCAGCUCUUGCAGUUGCCUCGUUGCGUAAGUUAUGCUCGUUUCUUGACGGUUUCAUCUGAAUGAUCAUUACGGGCCUGGAAGGAGCGUGUGUCCCUUCUACGCUCUCAGGCAAAUAUUUUGCCUCUCCGUUUUUUCUACGCUUAUAAACAUAAAUACUAGCGACAUCCUUAAAUUACCGGAAUAUGUUUGUGUUUGCACGUGUAGAACAGCUAGGUUAGUCCAUUCAGAAGUUUAUGAACACUGUGUUUGUAGAAUUGAGUGAGCACCAGGUUGUCUCCUCUGGACAUUUGCCGCACAGUCUUGAUCGUCCUCCGCGGAGAGGGCGAGUGAUCAAGGCCACCUAGGGCAGCCCUUUGAGGGCUUUCUCGCAGAUUGUCGUUUGGUUAUUGGGGACGCCCCUAGAGCUCUCAGACCCAGCUCACCCAGUUUGGGCUAUUUUUUUUAUGCCAGUAUGUCUGAGUUGAGCAUCAGCUCAGUUCCUUGGGGUUGAAGGCUGUGAAGUGUCUUGGUAUCCGCCAAGUUUUUCAUCCCACUGUCAAUCCUUGAAUUUCUCCUGCUCCACAUAUACCUCGGCCUGUGUUGCACAUGGGCUCGUCAUAGAAGAAGUCGAAUUAGUUUGCCCCAGUCCAAUUUUUAUUCACAUAGGUCCUGCGUUUAUAGUUUCCCCUGAGGAAGUUGCGGUUUUUCCUUGUUACCACUAAACUAGCCUUAGUGUUGUUGACAUCUGAGUCGUAUGAUUCCGACCUCAGUGGUCUGGAUGGAUUCCUGCGAUUUCUUCCAUUUGGUCCUAAUACUAUCGUCUACCAGAUCUUCCAUUUGCCCCAGACAGAUUCUUUUUGCUGCAAUUCGACCGUCACAAGCGGCGACGUCCUCCGCGCGCCCCUUGGAGUGGGUGCACGUGAAGUAGUUUAUUGCGGAGCAGACUUGCGAGGCACCUACCCUGCUCUCUCCGCCCGCCUCGUACCGACGGCAAAAGAAUAUCAAGACGACCAGAGGUGGGCUGGGACCUGUGGCUGAUAAAGCCAAGCAGCACAUCUACGGAUGCCAAGCACGAAAUGUGCCCCAUUACAUGCACUAGGCCUCCGUGAGGACGGCUCGGAUCUCGGUGGAGCGGUUGACUGGAACCUCAGGCGCUGGUUCUCAACCUGUGUUGUGAUGGCUUCCAAGUGUCUAACCGUGCCGUAACAUGACUAGAAUGAGCAAUCAUUGUGGAAGAAAGUCGGCAUUGCCUAAGAUGCGGGCGAGUGUCUUCUGUGACCUAGGGUUUCUCAUUGUAGUGGGCUUUUCGAUGUCAGGCAAGUGCAAACAGAACUGAUGGGAGGGGUUACUUCCCUGGUGAUCACAUUGUUUUGCGCAGAGUCGGCUGGUCGUGCUGAUACCGCGAUGCAUCCGAAGUUGCUCAACACGUCCAAUCCGUGUCCUGAACGGAAGUCGACAAUGGGAGAUAUCGGCUGUCAUCCCAGUUUUACGCGUCUUGCGUUGGCCUACGCUAUUCAUUUGCUUUCAAAGAUGGCUUAUCUAGCUUUGCACCCGGUCGCCAUGUCUGCUUGCCAUGUGUAAGCCUUUUCACUGCCUCUUGGCUGGGUAGGAGGCACUGGAGGAGGUCUUCAAAGUGUUAUUAUUGUAAAGUCCAUUGGCAAAAAUAUGUUUUCGGUUAUUCAUCAUCAGGCCAGUACAUUUCCAUAGGAAAUGAUCAGUCUUCUUGUCGACAGGAUAUAAAUGCGUCUCAAGAGCAGGGUUAAUCGGACUCCACGUUCCCACGCCACUCGCAUGACGGAGUCAACGCGUUGAGAACGGUGGAGUUGGGGUGGGAGGGAGGGGGGAGGGGGAGGGAAGGAGUUGGGGGGGGGGGGGGGGGGGAAGUAGAGGGGUUCCGGUUAGAUUGUAAGCGCUGUGAGUGCGUGUGACUGCUCGCAGUGCGUCGGGACGGCGUGCGAUCACCGUCUGGAGUCGGCCAGGGCAGACAUACUGCUAGUGUCAGCGUCUUCUGACAACAGAGUGCUGGGUUCGCCAGUCGAAUGGCCACAGCUUCAGCUGUGGCUAGCACCCGUUUGCGCAGGCUUUUAGAGUAGUGUGCCAGUGCCCGUUAGAUAACUUCAAAAGCUUCUUUAGCGUCGGCUUGGUGGUUCGUAUCGAUUACAUGUGCGUCGUUUUCAUCCACCUUGCCUGCGAGUGUCCACAGCUACGUCCCUGUAGAACGGUUGUCUCAGCAUACGCCCAUCAUUUCAUCUUAGCUGAAUUUAUGUCAUUAUGACAUAGAUGCCCAGUAUGUCAGACAACUCCAGGAGCCGCGUAUCUGCCUUUGAUGUUAACAAAAAUCAAUUUGAAUAUCUUUGGUAGGUUUCCCUGGUCUCCAAACCGUUAAGGGCAGUUGCUAGAAUGACAUCCACGUUUGUCCCAGGUCUCGUGUUGAGGAGGGCAACUCGACGUCCCCAGGCUGAAUGCGCAGACUGUCAAAAGCCCCACUGGUUUUGAAGAUCCGGGUCGCAAUUUUGUCACCGAUUUAACUGAUCCCUCAGAUGGUCUACCGCUGCGAGGCGAGUUUCAUUGACAGGUAUUCUGGGCUCGAUGUAUUUUGCAGAUUGGCGCCAGUUGGGUCACGAAAAUCGUUUUGUGUGUUGAUGCUUUGUCCAAAGUUGUUGCACCCGUAGGCAAAGAGACUCAGAAUUCACUGAAUGUAGGCUCCAGGCUGUGGGGUUUAGUGAUCAGUCAUCGGCAGAAAUCAUGCAUCCUGUCUCGCACUCCUAACCUCCUCACAUACGCGGUAAGCAUGCAAACCUGCCUCAAAUCUGCCGCCGCAUAUUUCCGCCACGCAAGGGCCUGGUCAUACACAGGCGAACCCGUCGCGAUACUGCUAGUGAACCACCCCCGGGAGUUUCCGCUAAUUCCUGUCAAGUCCGUAUUGCUUGCUGACACAGUCUCGCCUGUUCGGCCAUAUGCGCGUGCAUAAAACAACCACUAAAGCCUCACACAUUACCCACACGAAAGUUGGACCGUCCUGACCGACAAUGUCCACCGUGUGCCCUAUAGUGGCGUGAAAACAGAGACGGUGACUUGCGCGGUUGGCUUGAGUCGAGCUUGUUGGUCUGUAGUAGAGAGAAUGAGAUCGUCCCGGCUAGCGUUCUGGCUUUUACAUAACUAGUGUCCAUCCUUUACUUCUUCCCGCACAAACGUCGCCUUGAAAUAGCACAGCGUGCUAUCUGUCGCGGGAUAUGCAGCCAGUCCCGCCAGCCACAACGCCCGUAAUCAUUUCCAAUUACCUCGUCUCCCUCGUUCCGUUGGAACGCGAUGUUGGGUGGAUGCAAAUAAGAUCUUCACGUACAGUAGCCGGUCUUUUUUCAUGAAAUGUUAACGGGACCCCUAAAAUGUGUUUCCUAUUAGAGGGGAUGACAAAGGUGGAGUUGUAAUAGUGAUUAUCGUGCGGCAUGCUUCCAGAAAAUUUCAGUCAGACCAAGAUGCGGGCUUCUAAAUUAGUAUCCUUCUGACCGCCUGCAAAAACCACGCAUGGUAAAGAAUGACCACUUAAGUAGCAGGUUUUUUCCGAUGUAUUUUCGGUGCCUUUGUUAAUUUAAAUAUAUUUUAUAGAAAACAUUCACUAAAUACUCUUACUUAUACUCAUUUUGUGGCAAAAUUACGCCUGCUUCAAGAAAGGGUUUACAAAAGUUCUUUACUAUGAGGUUUUUAGACUGAAAUCUCCAUCCUUACAGCAUUGUAUCUGUCCAUUGGUUAGUGUUGGUUACGAUUUAUGAAAUAUGGUCCAAAUCAACUGCAAAGCUUUCUAAUCGCUGUAUGACAUUUUCUUAGCAAUACGCAAGUGCAACUGCAAAUAGGGUUCAGAAUUAUUCAGGAAUUAAACUCAGAGGUAUUCGUUUUUCACGUAUCACACUUGCAGAGGACCUGAUUUCGUUAUCUCUCUUAUGAAGCGACAGGACGCAGCUGAAGAGCUGUCGCGAAAUUUUUUGGUACCAGUAAAUCCUGCCCUUCUUGCCUACUUCAGCAAUUGUAUGAAUUUUUUCCACGAAGUACUUAUGAAUUUGUAAGGGCAUGGCAUAUCAGUGGAACAAAUCUAUGCUACUUACAGUAGGUGGGCUAACUUAUGAAAUGUCAGCCGAAAUUCGUUUCGAAAAGAGUAAUUAAGUAGAGUUGUAGAACUGAUCAUCAUGCAGCAUAAUUCUAUAAUAAUUCAGCUAUCUCAGGAUGCCGGCUUUCGAAAGAACUUCCUUCGGGCUGCAUGCAAAAACCAUACUCUGUAAAAAGAUUACUUAAGUAACGUGAAUGUUUCUCACUGAUUUUCGAUGCCCUUAAAACUUUAAUGAUAUUUCAUGGAAAACAUGCAUAAAAAUAUUCAUUAUUUUGCUCAUUCGGUAGAAAAUGACGUUUUCUCCAGACUUUGCACUCGAAGGAAGGGUAUAAUUCCGUUUUAAAAAGUUUCUAAUUGCGAAAUUUUUUAAUGCUAUGAAAUGGCCGUUCAUAAAACGUCAUGUCUCUGCAUUUACCAAUGUGGCUUGUAAAGUUAACAAUAUGGCUCAAAUCCACUGCCAAAUUUUAACAAGCCCAUAUGUUCUCCUCUUAAUACCAUAGAGAAAUGUGUGGUUUUCCGCACGCGGAAAACAUGCGGCUGGUAGUUUGGAAACUCUGAAUGCUAGUGUAACGGCAGGUCGGGGUUCAAAAUUAUUCGGGAAUUGGAAAAGUCUUUAAAAACCGAAUUAUGCCCUUCGAGUAUAAAAUUAAAAGAAUACGUAAUUUUCCACCCAACGAGCGGGAGAAUGAAUAUUUAUGUGCAUGUUUUCCAUGAAAAAUAAUUGAACUUUUAAGAGCAUCGAAAAUCACUAAAACAAUGCAUACCACACGUGGCCAUUUUUUAUAGAGUAUCUUUUUGCAUGCAGCUGGAAGGAAGUUUGUUCGAAAGCCGGUAUCCUGAGGUAACUGAAUUAUUAUAGAAUUAUACUGCAUGAUGACUAGUUUUACAACCCUACUUAAUUAAUCUUUUCGAAAGGACAACGCAUUUCGGAAUUUCGGUUGACAUUUCAUGAGUUAGCCCACCUACUUUAGGUUGUUGUUAUCUUACCGGGUGUGGUUUUUGCAGGCGGCCAAAAAAAGGCUCUUUCAAGAGCCGACAUCCUAGCGUGACUGAAAUAUCUUGUGCAUGCUGGUCCCUAUUACAACCCUACCUAAGUAGUCCUUUCUAAUCCGAGGCUCAUUUCAGAAGCUCUCGUCCGCCCUCGUCGCUUGCAGCGGACGGCCUCAUUUAGAGUCUUUCUCAUUUUACGGCGGGAUUUUCCACAAAACCGUCUGGUCGCCGUCUCGGGCCAGCGCGAGACUUAAAGUUACACAACUGCCCCAAUGUCAGUAUGCACGUUUCUCCACUCCCAGUGCCUUACACCUGGUGACUUUUUCACUUUGCUGACUUACCUUUGGUAUACACAUCCAUUCUGGUCUACAGUAGGUGGGCUAACUCAUGAAAUGUCAACCGAAAUUCCGAAAUGCGUUUUCGUUUCGAAAAGAUUAAUUAAGUAGGGUUGCAAACCUAAUCAUCAUGCAGAAUAUUUCUAUCAUAAUUCAGUUACGUCAUGAUGCCGGCUUUCGAAUGAAUUUUCUUCUGACUGCAUGUAAAAAUACACUCUGUAAAAACACGACUACUUGAGUAGCACGAAUUUUUCGCAUUGAUUUUCGAUGCCCCCAAAAGUCCAAUUGUAUUUCAUGGAAAACAUGCAUAAAAAUAUUCAUUCUUUCGCUCAUUCGGUAGAAAAUUACGUCUUCUGAUUUUAUACUCGAAGGAGGGACAUCAUUCGGUUUUCAAAAACGUUUCCAAUUCCAGAAUAAUUUUGAACCCCGACCUGCCGUUACACUAGCAUUCAGAGUUUCCAAACUACCAGCCGUAUAUUUUCCGCGUGCGGGAAAGCAUACAUUUCUCCAUGAUAUUAAGAGGAGACCAUAUGGGGUUCAUAAAAUUUAGCGGUGGAUUUGAUCCAUAUUGUUGACUUCACAAGCGAUAUUGGUAAAUGCAGAGACAUGAUGAUUUAUGGGCGGCAAUUUCACAGUAUUUAAAAGUUCCACAAUUAGAAACUUUUUAAGACCGAAUUAUGUUCCUCCUUCGAGUAUAAAGUUAGAAAAGGACGUAAUUAUCUACCGAAUGGGCAAAAGAAUCAAUAUUUUUAUGCAUGUUUUCCAUGUAAUAUAAUCGGAAAUUUAGGGGCAUCGAAAAUCAAUGAGAAAAAUUCAUGCUACAUAAGUAGUCAAUUUUUUACAGAGUAUGGUUUUUGCAUGCAGCCGGAAGGAAGUUCAUUCGAAAGCCGGCAUCCUGCAGUAACUGAAAUGUGAUAGAAUUAUGUUGCAGAGUGACUAGUUUUACAACCCUACUUAAUUACUCUUUUCGAAAUGAAAACGCAUUUCGGAAUUUCGGUCAACAUUUUAUGAGUUAGCCCACCUACUGUAGGUGGCUGAAGAGCACCAGAAGAGCAGCCUACAGCUCUUAACACCAAAUAUACCAAUUUAAGUAACUGAGGGAGUACUGGCAACCCAUCCCCAGCCUGCCUUUUAGUUGCAAAAAUACUCCCCCCCUCUAGACAGGCAAACUGUGAUCUUAAAGCUCAUGCGAAGUCAGUGCAUGCCCGCUUCACGCCUCAUUGCGCCUUCGUACAUGCACAGUCGUUUUUGACGAAGCCCUCUGCUCGCGACUCUUGGACUUGUUUCGGCGAUGAGCAUGCCAAAUGUGUGCUCGUGACACAGCAGACGCGUGCCCUAUAACGCGCCGCAAACAAUAGAGUCGACGUUUUGUCUUUUUUGUGCUUGUUGCAAGCAGUCUGUCGGUUUCUUUUUCGUGGUCCACCUUCGGUGAGGUAAUUCUCCAUUCUGCCAGCCGGACUUGACACGCGCACACUCAUGCCUCCCUUCUUUUUGCUUUCGAGAUUCUGUCAAACCUCAUGAAGGGUGGUGAGAACUCGGAACGCGCCGGUGGCUCCAGCGCUCGGAAACACGGCUCUCCCUCAACGUCGGCAGCUGGCAGUUCACUUGCCGAGGACCAGCACACCCCGACGCAGCGUAAGGGUGGACGCAAACGGAACUAGGAUCCCCCCGCCCGUCCAAACCCCGUGUUCUUUACUUUUUCCUUCUGUUUCCCUAACCAUCAUACCCUUCUCUACCACCACCCCGAUCCCUUUGUCAAGAUGUAUGCUCUCGACGACUGCAUGCCUCCACCACUGGAGUCAUGUAACUACUGUGAUUGCCUGCUCUUGCUCUAGUGUACAAGCCUGGCUUUUACUGCCAGAACUGUGUUUUAAGGUUGUGCAGGCUUCAGGACUCAAGAGCUGUCGGCCGGAAACUUUCCUGUUUCCGUUUAAGGGCAUUCUCUUGCGCAUUGUUUAUGGUAGUUAAGGCGUCUGCCCAGAAAUGUUUGCGUGGGACUUCGUCCGAAAUCUCCAACUUAUUGUCUUAACCAGUGAACUUCGUACUGCUGGGGUUCGCGAUGCCUGCAUUCGAACACCGCCGCCGCCGCUCCGAUAGAACUCUGACCCAUGUUUGGAUUGUGGUCAUUACGAGCCAGAUUUCCGAAUUUUAUGACUGUUUUUGACAAGCACGAUGGCGCUGAUAACACGGCAUCGGCAAUUGCUGUCGAUAUUAGCGGCACACCAGCUUCCCCUUCUCAUCCUUCUUUCCCUCAUCCUCCCCUCCCUCUCAUCCUCCUCCUCCUCCUCCUCCUCCUCCUCCUCCUCCUACUACUACUACUACUACUACUACCACCACCAACACUACUACUGA